CUUGUUGAUUUAUUAACCAAUUUGAUCUCACAUGAUUACACAAUUGCUCUGUUUCUUCUUGUUCUUGUUUCUUCUAUUACAAGCAACCAUGUUUAAACGCUCUUUCAAGAACUUCGUCGAACAAGAACUCGGAUCUUUCCCUAAAUUCCUCAUCUACAUCGUCCUCGAAUGGAUUCUCAUCACCACCCUCUUCAUCGACGGCCUUCUCGCCUUUCUAUCAAACCAAUACGCCAGAUUCUUCGAUCUCAACGCUCCUUGUCUCCUCUGCACCAGAAUCGACCACGUUCUCGUCCCUAGAGACCCUCAUUUCUAUUACAACGACUCGAUCUGCGACUCUCACAAGAAGAAAGUCUCUUCCCUUGCUUAUUGCCAUGUCCACAAGAAACUCUCUGAGAUCAAACACAUGUGUGAAGGAUGUCUUCUCUCUUUCGCCACAGAGAAAGAAUCUGAUUGUGAUACGUACAAGUCUCUCAUUGGGAUCUUACAUAAAGAUCUUGAGCUUCUCAUUGACGAUGAAAGAGACCUUCCCUUGGGGCUCAAGAAAGAUGACAAUCUUGUUCAGACAACAACAAAUCUGAUAGAUAACAAGACAAAUAAUAGCUUGAAACAACAUUGUUCGUGUUGUGGAGAAUUAUUGAAGACAAAAUCUGAGAAACUUCCCAAGAACAACAGUUCUGUCCUUGCUCCUGCUCCUUCUCCUAGGGUUUCAUACAACAAGCUGUCUGAGAACGAGUCAGAGUUUAAGGAUUUUGAUGUGGAGGAGAGAACACCGAGUUUUGUAAGAGGAGGCAACAAGUUCUUUGGGAUACCUCUGUCUGAUUCAGCGCAAAACAGUCCAAGAUGGUCCGUUAGAUCUCUCAGGAAACCCUCUUUUAAUAAGAUAGAGAGUGCUACGGACGUAAACGGUGAAUCCAUCCUUAAUCAGCUCAAGAAAGAGGUUCGCUUGGACAAGAAGUCACUGAUAGAUCUGUACAUGGAGUUAGAUGAAGAGAGAAAUGCUUCAGCUGUUGCAGCCAACAACGCGAUGGCUAUGAUCACAAAGCUGCAAGCCGAAAAAGCAGCUGUUCAAAUGGAGGCAUUGCAGUACCAAAGAAUGAUGGAUGAACAAGCGGAGUAUGACCAAGAAGCUUUGCAGUCUAUGAGUAGUGACUUGGCAAAGAAGGAAGAGGAAUUUAAGGAGCUUGAAGCUGAAUUUGAGGCUUACAGAGAGAGGUACGGAUGUUUAACCGAUGAUGAAGACUCCAGAGAAGAGUUUCUUGAUGAAUACGGUAACGAUAGGGCGGAUAAUGACGCCUCAAGAGAAGAGUUUCUUGACGGACACGGUAACGCUAGGGCAGAUAGUGAUGGUCUAGAAACAAAAGCAGUCUCUGAAUUUGAAGAUUGUUCUUCAAUUCAUGAGGGGGAUGCGGAAAACACUGAUCAAACUAGGUCUUGCAAGUCCGAAGAACCGGGAGUUUUAGUGCAAAUGAAAAGCUCAGAGGAGUCUAGUGUAGUAAAUGGUACAUCUGGUGAGGAAGAGAAGAAAGGGAGUGUAAGCAAAGAAGGGAUAGUAAAAGAGCUUUCAGAGAUCACAGAGAGGCUAAGUGCUCUUCAAUCAGAUGGUGAACUGUUGAAACACAUUGCAGAUGCUAUAGAUAUUAGUGAAGGAGAAGCAAUGCUGCUGCAGAUAUCUCAGAAUUUGCACAUGCUUCGUAGUUUUGUUGCUAUGCCUUCAGAAUCAUGAACGUGUAAUAACGUCGUUUAUUGUUUCUUACAAAACAAGCAACGCUUCCCUUGUCUUAACUUCAGAAUAUUUCUUUUAUUCUU